AUGGCCAUCUUGACUGCAGUUCCACGACGUCCAGUGAUCUUUGACCUUUAUCUCCCUCUGCUGGCCGACUGGUGGAACUACAGCAACAUCAACACCUCCAGUAGAGAUCUAUCCUCCCAUAUACCCCCCCCCCCCCCAGCUCCUCGCUCACGGCCCCAGCUGCUCGCUCUGCUCUUCAUCUCCACACAGAGACCCGACCCGAGAGACGGGAAGAGGCUGAGGGAGGAGGAGGAGGAGGACGAGGACGGACGGUCGGGGGGGAGGAAGGACAGGAAGCUGUCUCUCAGGAGGGGAGACCUGCUGCAGGUCCCCAGGACUCUGUUCACACAUUUUGGGAUUUAUUUGGGGGGAGACAGAGUCGCUCACUUCAUCCCAGACAUCAUGCCCGUCGUCUCCAGUGAUCAGUGCAGAAUCGGACGGAUGGUGACCGACAGCAGGCUGCUGCUGGGAGUCCUGGCCAAGAGGGGCUCUGUGAGGGUGGACUCGCUGGAGGACUUCGCUUUCGGAGCUCAGAUCUUCGUGAACACUUUGGACGAGGUGUGCAGCCGCCCGGCGCUGCAGCGAGAGGAGGUGGCGAGGAGGGCGGAGAAGCUUCAGGGUCACGUGACCUACAGCCUGCUGUGGUACAACUGUGAACACUACGUCAUGUACUGUCGCUACGGCACCGUCAUGAGCUACCAGACCUUUCAGGUACCACACCGGAUCAGACUGAAGGAGGAGAACCAGGUCCACUAG